CUGUCCCCUGCUCUCCGUCACCGCGGGCUCCCCUCUCCUUUGCCCUUCUUCCCCGUUUUCUCCCGCGGCCAGCGCCUCCGUGCCUGCCCGUGCGUGCCUUUCCCGGUCUCCUCCACCGGCCACCGCGGCCUCGCAAUCCAGGGGCAAUCAGCGCCUCCCCCACCCCCAUCCACCGCCCUGACCGCGUGAGGGAGAUCAAACGCGGAGCCUCUCUCCAGCGCCCUCGCAAUGCCGGGCCUCGCUGCAACCGAGCAGGAGGCCGUCUCGCUGGUUCGGCGCGUCGCCCGCGCCCUCAACCGCCAUGUCACCGACAUCUUCGCGCUGCUCUUCAGCCACAAGGGCGCUGGAUCGCUCGGUGCCGUCGCGGGGUUCGCCAUCGCCGUUGUGUUCGCGUGGAAGUUCCUGCGCCCCCGCAGGCCUGCUCCCAAGCGGCCCCCGCCUACCCCUGCAGCGGACCCCGCCGCGACUGUGCCUGAUGCGGCGGAGCCUAUUGGUGACUCUGGCAAGGUAGUAACACGGGAAAUUGUGGUGAAGCGACUGAGAGGGUGCAGAAAGGUUACGUGCCAACUUCUUGGUGUUGUUUUUGAGGAGAAAACUCCUGAGGAGCUUCAGGAACAUGCUACAGUUAGACCCUCCGUGGUAGAGUUACUACUGGAAAUAUCCAGAUAUUGUGAUCUCUACCUGAUGGAGACUGUACUUGAUGACAAGAGCGAGGAGAACGCUCUCAUGGCCCUGGAGACCUCUGGACUUUUCAGAACUGGUGGCCUGAUGAAAGAGAAGGUGCUCUUUUGCAGCACUGAAGUUGGUCGAACUUCAUUUGUUCGACAGUUGGAGUCAGAUUUUCACAUAGACACGAACCUCGACAUAGUUUCUCAAUUAUCUCGGUUCAUUCGAUGCCAACUAUUUAUUUCCACGGUGGAAGGAGAACAGCUUGCAGGCAACAUAUACAAUUCUCCAAGUCUUGAGCAGUUCUUCUCUUGAAGGCGGGGCGCAAAGAAAAGGGGGCUUCUGAACUCCAAACAAAUGUGCUGAUUUAGCAGCACAGUUGUGAGUUGUCACGCCCCCAACCAAGGCAUGGACAGAACAGCCACCCUACUCUUAUAGGAGUUGGCUUGCGAUCAUGCAAGAUGUAUAUUAAAUAUAGACGAUGAUAAUAAGUUGAUAAAAAAACAUUCUUAUUUAUUUGUUUGUUAUUUCUAGUAAAAAUUGCAUGGAAAAAAAUAUGAAUAUAGAAGCUACUCCUAUACGUCAA